AAAAAAAAAACUUGAAGUUCUGAAGAAGCGCGUGUUUAUAUUUUUGAAUUAAAGUUUUCAAUUAAAAUUAUUCAAAUAACUGCUAAAGAAAGUCAAGUAAAAUGCCUAAAGUGAAAACAGAAAAGAAGAGUCGUGUUCAUAAUGAAAUUGCUAAGCAAGGUAUUCAAUUUAAUAAGGAUUUUGGUCAACAUAUAUUAAAAAAUCCUUUAAUUAUAACUUCUAUGUUGGAUAAAGCUGGUUUAACACCUACUGAUAUUGCUCUUGAGAUUGGUCCUGGUACUGGUAACAUGACAGUGAAGUUACUCGACAGAGUUAAAAAAGUUGUUGCUUGUGAAAUUGAUACAAGAUUGGUUGCUGAACUUCAAAAGCGUGUUCAAGGAACCCCUUAUCAAGCAAAACUUCAAAUUAUUGUUGGAGAUGUUCUUAAAACUGAAUUGCCAUUCUUUAAUAUUUGUGUGGCUAAUGUACCAUAUCAGAUCAGUUCUCCAUUAGUCUUUAAAUUAUUACAGCACAGGCCAUUCUUUAGGUGUGCCAUUCUCAUGUUUCAACAGGAAUUUGCACAGAGACUGGUUGCAAAACCUGGUGAUAAGUUAUAUUGCAGACUCUCAAUAAACACACAAUUGUUGGCUCGAGUUGACAUGUUGAUGAAGGUUGGCAAAAAUAACUUUAGACCACCUCCAAAAGUUGAGUCAAGUGUGGUGAGGAUAGAGCCAAGAAACCCACCUCCUCCUAUAAAUUUUAUUGAAUGGGAUGGAUUAACUAGGAUAGCAUUUGUUAGAAAAAAUAAAACAUUAGCAGCUGUUUUCAAACAUGGCACAACUAUGGCAGUGCUAGAGAAAAAUUAUAGGGUGCAUUGCUCCCUUCAUAAUAAGGAAAUACCAGAAAACUUUGACAUAAAGGAAAAGGUUCAAGAAAUAUUAACAAAAUCAGAAACAGAUCAAAUGAGAGCCAGAAUGAUGGACAUAGAUGACUUCAUGAAAGUGUUACAUGCUUUCAAUUCUGAAGGCAUACACUUUGCAUAGUAUAUUAAUUUAAGAAUUAAAUAUUUUAUAACUUUUAUACUGUUUUAAUCGCUAUUAUUGAUAAAACUACCAAACAAAAUAAUCAUGCCAUAACAGAUGAAAAGUUCGCAUUAUAAAUAUAUAUUUUAGGUAGUAUUUAUAUUGGAGAUUUCUUGAAUCCCUGGGAGGCAUAAUCAUCAGCUUUAUGUUGGGAUCUGAAGGGAAAUCCUGGCUGCCCUGGCAGAACUAAUGGCUUUGACUUAUGUACUCUCCAGCCUCCCUUCUUAGUCCAAUCCUGCAAAUAA